AAGACGUGGGAGGGCGGAGUUCGUGGGUGGACGUGGGUGUCGAGUGGCCUAGACAUAUCUGGCAAUUCGGACAAAUAUUAGUCCCGUAUCCCGAGAACCUGGCUUUCAUGCAUUGGUGAUGGCUAGCUGACAGUGACAGAGAUGGAACUGCUCUAGACACAUUUGAUGAAAGAACAUCUGAAAUGGAGGAUGUCAACAAGCAAGGUUCCCUGCCAUUUGUUAGGCUUCCUGACGCCACGGUCAGCGAGUCCGAGGACACCGAUGACGUCACUCCGCCCAGUCCUCCCAGCCGGGAGUGUGUGUAUGCGGUGAAGGGGUCGGCGCUGGUGGUGCCGCGCGGCCGGAGCCCGGCUCCGCCCGGCGGCGCCAACACCGGCUCCGGCUCCGGCUCCGACAUCCAGCGGCACCUGCAGGACAUGCUCAGUCUGAUCCGGCCCGACGACAACCUGCGAAUGGCGGUGCGACUGGAUGAGCGCCCACCGGCCGACGAGUGCUGCCUUCUGGGCAUCGACUGCCAGCGCCGCACCACCAUCGGGCCUUGGUGCACCGGCUGCUGGCCGAGACGGAGAUCUCGCUCAGACGGAGACGGGGGGAUCGUGGUGCGUACGGCCGGCGACAGCCAUAUCUUCAAGCCCGUCUCCGUGCAGGCCAUGUGGUCGGCGCUGCAGACGCUGCACCGCUGCCGCAGCCUGGUGCCGCGGCCGCUCAGCCGACCCGACUGGGUCAGCCCGUACGAGCGGCUCGUCGCCUCCGACCAGUCGUGCCUCAAUGAGUGGCACGCCAUGGAGGACAUCGAGUCGCGCCGGCCGCCUUCGCCCGACAGCCGCCGUAGCAGGCCAUCGGAGAAGGAGGAGACGCAGCGCGUGAUCCGCGCCCGGCUCCGAGAGAUCAUGCUCAGCGUCGACCUGGAUCAGGUCACCUCCAAGGAGCUGCGCACGCGCCUCGAGGACGAGAUGGAGUGCAGCCUCAAGGAGUUCAAGGGCUUCAUCGACGCCGAGAUGCUAGUCAUCAUGGGCCAGAUGGACCACGCGUCGCGCAUCUUCGACCACCUCUACCUGGGCUCGGAGUGGAACGCCUCGGACAUCGAGGAGCUCAAACGGAACGGGAUCGGCCACAUCGUGAACGUGACGCGCGAGAUCGACAACUUCUUCCCGGGCCGCUUCCAGUACCUGAACGUGCGUGUGUACGACGAGGAGGCCACAGAGCUGCUCAAGCACUGGGACAAGACGUUCAAGUUUAUCGCCAAGGCCAAGAGCGAGGGCUCCCGGGUGCUUGUCCACUGCCGGAUGGGCGUGAGCCGGUCGGCCGCCGUCGUCAUGGCCUACGCCAUGAAGGCGUACGGCUGGAGCUACGAGAAGGCCUUCAAAUACGUGAAGCGGAGUCGCGGCUGUGUCAAACCCAACGCAAGCUUUCUUAGACAAUUAGAAACCUAUCAGGGAAUCCUGGACGCCAGCCGGCAGCGACACAACUCGCUCUGGCGCUCCAAGUCGGAGACGAACCUGCAGAGCGGUCGGCUCUCGUCGCCGGUGUUGCCGCCUGGCGAGGAGACGGGCGACGCUACCGACAUCAGCGCCGCCUGCCGGCCUGACUCGCCGGCGGCCGAUGCCUCGUCGCGGCCAAAGUCCUGGUCGCCGGCCGACAACGUGGCUGAUGCGCUGCUCGCGCAGAUGAACGGCACCACGCCGGGCCACUACGGCCGGCCGACGCGCUCCCGCAGCCGCUCGCAGACGCUGCCGGGCGACACGCCGCGCGCGCGCGUCACCUCCGUCAACCUGCGCGUGCCCUGUAACGGCCAGGACUACAGCGUGUCGCAGAACCAGGCCAUGAACCUGUCGCUGCCGCUGGAGCCGCUCGAGGGCGCGCUGCGGCCCGACCCGCAGCCGGCGCCCGUGUUCGAGUGCGUCAACCCUCGCCUGGUGCCGACCGAGACCUGGGUCGGCCAGGUGGUGGAGCUGCGCUCGCGCGACGCGCCGCCGUCCGGCCGGCGCGCUGCCGCCGCCGCCACCGCCACCGCCACCGAGCCGGCCGCCGGCCUGGUGCGUCGCCAUGCCGAGGACUUUGAGCGUCGCUCGUCGUCGAGCGACGGCGCGCGCGGCUCGUGCGGCUCAGUGGAGCUGGCGCCGCCCUCGCGCCAGAGCUCCGUCAGCCUGGACAAGCUGUAUGGCCGGGAGGUGCCGCUCGACACGCCCAGCCCGACAGAUGAGCGCAAGCGCCUGCACGGCAAGACGCACCCGCUCGCCAAGCUGGACGUGCGGACGCGGCACGUCAGCUCGGUGUUCAACACUAUGUGA